AAGAAAAGAAGAGGGAAUGGAGAGAGAAUGGGAGAUGCUGGAGGACGGCUUCUCCUUAGCUGUUAAGAUUGCAGGCAGAAAUAGCACAACCGCCGGGAGCUGCACGCGACUCAGAACCAAGACCACAUUUUACUCACUUUCAUUAAUCAGUUGCUCAGAAAGAGGGAGAUGACAUCUGGUCCUGUUUUCUUCUACAUCUUAAUGAUUGGAAAAUAUUUGGCUCUCGGGAGCGGGCAGGAUGUCAGGUGUCCCCUGGGAUUCUUCCCCUGUGGAAAUGUCACCAAGUGCUUGCCCCAGCUGCUUCACUGCAAUGGUGUGGACGACUGCGGGAACCAGGCUGAUGAGGACAACUGUGUGGUUGGUUCUGUGCCCCAGCGUUGCUUCUGCCGAGGUCACGAGCUUGACUGUGAUGCUGCCCAUUUACCAGCUGUUCCUUCCGUUUCGUCAAAUGUCACUGUGAUGUCCCUCCAGUGGAACUUCAUAAGAAAGCUUCCUCCCAAUGGCUUCAAGAAAUACCAUCGUCUCCAGAAACUGUGCCUGCAGCACAAUCAGAUCACAUCUGUGUCGGUCUCUGCCUUCAGAGGACUGCGCAGCCUCACUAAACUGUACCUCAGUCAUAACAGGAUAACCUUCCUGAAGCCAGGUGUUUUUGAAGAUCUCCACAGACUGGAAUGGCUGAUAAUUGAAGAUAAUCACCUCAGCCGAAUCUCCCCACUAACAUUUUAUGGACUAAAUUCUCUUAUUCUCUUGGUGCUGAUGGACAACGCCCUCGCCCACUUGCCUGACAAGCCUCUCUGUAAGCACAUGCCAAGACUGCACUGGCUGGACUUUGAAGGCAACCAUAUCCAUAGUUUAAGAAAUUUGACUUUUAUUUCCUGCAGUAAUUUAACUGUUUUGGUAAUGAGGAAAAACAAAAUUAGUCAUCUAAAUGAAAAUACUUUUGCACAUCUCCAGAAACUAGAUGAAUUGGAUUUAGGAAGUAAUAAGAUUGAAAAUCUUCCACCACAUCUAUUUAAGGAUCUGAGGGAGCUGUCACAAUUGAAUAUUUCCUAUAACCCAAUCCAGAAAAUUCAGGCAAAUCAAUUUGAUUAUCUUGUCAAACUCAAGUCUCUUAGCCUAGAAGGAAUCGAAAUUUCAAAUAUCCAACAAAGGACGUUUAGACCUCUCGUGAAUCUCUCUCACAUAUAUUUUAAGAAGUUUCAGUACUGUGGCUAUGCCCCCCACGUUCGCAGCUGUAAGCCAAACACAGAUGGAAUUUCGUCUCUCGAGGACCUCCUGGCAAACGUUAUUCAGAGAGUGUUUGUCUGGGUCGUAUCUGCAGUUACUUGCUUUGGAAACAUUUUUGUCAUCUGUAUGCGACCUUAUAUCAGGUCUGAGAACAAGCUCCAUGCUAUGUCGAUCAUUUCUCUCUGCUGUGCCGACUGCCUAAUGGGAAUAUACUUGUUUGUGAUUGGAGCCUUUGACCUCAAGUUUCGGGGGGAGUACAAUAAGCAUGCCCAGCUGUGGACAGAGAGUACUCAUUGCCAGCUCAUGGGGUCUUUGGCCAUUCUGUCCACAGAAGUAUCCGUUUUACUUUUAACAUUCCUGACAUUGGAAAAAUACAUCUGCAUUGUAUAUCCUUUUAGAUGUUUAAGACCUCGAAAAUGCAGAACAAUUACAGUUUUACUUCUCAUUUGGAUUACUGGGUUUAUAGUGGCUUUUGUUCCACUAAGCAAUAAGGAAAUUUUCAAGAACUACUAUGGCACCAAUGGAGUGUGCUUUCCUCUUCAUUCAGAAGACACAGGAAGCAUUGCAGCCCAGGUUUAUUCCGUGGCAAUUUUUCUUGGUAUUAACUUGGCAGCAUUUAUCAUCAUCAUUUUUUCCUAUGGAAGCAUGUUUUACAGUGUCCACCAAAGCACCAUAACAGCAACUGAAAUACGGAACCAAGUUAAAAAAGAGAUGAUUCUUGCCAAGAGGUUUUUCUUUAUUGUAUUUACUGAUGCUUUGUGCUGGAUACCCAUUUUCAUAUUGAAAUUUCUUUCAUUACUUCAGGUAGAAAUACCAGGUACUAUUACCUCUUGGGUAGUGAUUUUUAUUCUGCCUAUCAACAGUGCUUUGAACCCAAUUCUCUAUACUCUGACCACAAGACCAUUCAAAGAAAUGAUCCAUCAGAUUUGGUACAACUAUAGACAAAGAAGGUCUAUUGACAGCAAAGGAAGUCAGAAAGCUCCUGCUCCAUCAUUCAUCUGGGUGGAAAUGUGGCCAACACAGGAAAUGCCACCUGACUUAAGGAAGCCAGCUGCUUUCACAGACCCUUGUGAGGUGUCAUUAAUUUCCCAAUCAACUAGACUCAAUUCUGAUUCCUAACGAAUUCUGAGACUCAUUUCUUCACAGAGAAUAUGGUGGGGUGCUUCAGAUGGGAUUCACUGGUGGGAAAUAAAUGGCAUAAAAUUUAAUUUAUAAUAAUACCUAAGACAAGUUAGUUUACAGCAACGUGAGGAAAAAUACAAGUGACCAAUUCCCAGAGGCAGAGAAGUAAUUCUAUUGAUAAUGUGCAUAUAUUAGUAUAAAUUCUACACAGGAAAUGAAGAGUGAUCCACUGCAGAGAGAUUAAUUCACUCUUCUAACACGUGUUUAUUAAGUCCCACCC